AUGAGCAUUAAAGAAAAGAUUUAUCAGGUCUUGCCCAAGAUCCCUGUGCCACCACUGAAGCAAACCCUGGACAUGUACCUGAGGUGUGUACAACACCUGGUGAAGGAGGAGCAGUUUAAGAAAACAAAGGCCAUCGUGGAGAAGUUUGGGGCCCCUGGGGGCACCGGGGAGGUUCUUCAGAAGAAGCUGUUAGAGAAGAGGGACAAGACAACCAACUGGGUCUACGACUACUGGCUUGAGGAUAUGUAUUUGAACAACAGGUUGGCUCUGCCUGUCAACUCCAGUCCUGUCAUGGUUUUUCCCAAACAUACGUUCAGCGAUUGCAAAGAUGCCCUCAGAUUUGCGGCUCACCUCGUGAUGGGAGUCCUGGAAUAUAAGGCUCUCAUUGAUGAGCAGGCACUGCAAGUGGAUUUUGCGCGGGGCCAGCUGGCUGGGACCCCUUUGUGUAUGCAGCAAUACAACCGCCUUUUCACCUCUUAUCGCUUCCCGGGACUAAAGAGAGACACCCUCAAGAUCAAGAUGAACCCAGCCUCCUCCUCUGAGCCCGAGCACAUCAUCGUAGCAUGCAAAAACCAGUUUUUCAUUUUGGAUGUGGUCACAAACAACAAGCCACUCAGUGAGACAGACAUCUUGUCACAGCUUGAGAAAAUAAUGAAAAUGGCAGAGAGCGCUGAGGAAAGACUUCCUCCUUUUGGUCUUCUGACAUCUGAUGGAAGGACAGAAUGGGCACAAGCCAGGGAUGUCCUCACAAAAGAUCCAACCAACAAGGCAUCUCUGGCACUGAUAGAGAGCUGCUUAUGUGUGCUUUGUCUGGAUGAGCCCAGUAGGUCAGAGCCCAGUGACACCAAACGGGCCCUGAUGAUACUGCAUGGGGAUGGCCAUGAGAGAAAUGGGGCGAACCGCUGGUAUGACAAGUCAAUGCAGUUUGUUGUAGGAAUGGAUGGGAUAUGUGGAGUGGUGUGUGAGCAUUCACCAUUUGAAGGGAUAGUUCUGGUGCAGUGCUGUGAACACCUGAUGAAAUACAUGACAGGGAGCCCUGCCAAGUUAGCGAGGUCUUCAAGUGUCACGGGACUCCCUCCGCCACAAAGACUACUGUGGAAAAGUACGCCCCAAAUCCAAGGUCUCCUGACGGCCUCCUCAAAGAGACUACAGAGGCUGGUGAAUAAUCUCGACAUGGACGUCUACAAAUUUAAAGGCUAUGGGAAGGAAUUUAUCAAAAAACAGAAAAUGAGUCCAGAUGCGUAUAUACAAGUUGCCUUACAACUUGCAUUUUACAGAUGCAACGGGAGACUUGUGUCCACGUACGAGAGUGCCUCCAUUCGACGUUUCCAAGAAGGUCGGGUGGACAACAUCCGCUCAGCGACCCCAGAGGCCCUGGCUUUUGUGAAGUCCAUGAAAGAUGAGCGGGCCACUCUCACCGAUUGUGAAAAAAUGAAAAGACUGUGGGAUGCCAUCCAUACCCAAACAAAUUACACAAUCGCUGCUAUUACAGGUAUGGCAAUAGACAAUCAUCUUCUCGGGCUUCGGGAGAUUGCAAAGGAGUUAAACAUGGAAAAGCCAGAGAUUUUCUCUGAUGAUACAUAUCUCGCUAGUAACCAGUUCAUCCUCUCUACCAGUCAGGUCCCCACUUCUGUAGAGAUGUUCUGCUGCUAUGGCCCAGUGGUGCCCAAUGGCUAUGGGGCCUGCUACAACCCACAGGUGGACCACAUCAUUUUCUGUGUAUCCAGCUUUCGGGAGAGCACGGAGACCAGCUCGGCCGUGUUCGUCAAAGCUCUCGAAGAGGGCCUGCUGGAAAUCAGGGAUCUGUGCAAUAGGAGCAACAUUGUGGUCUCCAAACUGGCUGACACAAGCAGCCCAGGAGCCAGCCGGCCACCCCCCAAGGCGGGGAAGUAA